AUGAUCGAGGACAUCCGCGCCCUGAUGAACAACAAGUUCAACAUCCGUAACAUGAGUGUUAUCGCUCACGUCGACCACGGCAAGUCGACGCUUACGGACUCCCUGGUGGCUGCUGCGGGUAUCAUGGCGCUGGAGCAGGCCGGCGACGCCCGCCUGACGGACACCCGCGCCGACGAGCAGGAGCGCGGCAUCACCAUCAAGUCCACGGGCAUCUCCCUCUACUACGAGAUGACUGAGGAGGCCCUGAAGAACUUCUCGGGCAAGAGGGACGGCAACUCGUACCUCGUGAACCUCAUCGACAGCCCUGGCCACGUGGACUUCUCGUCCGAGGUUACCGCCGCGCUGCGCAUCACCGACGGCGCGCUCGUCGUGGUGGACUGCGUCGAGGGCGUGUGCGUGCAGACCGAGACGGUGCUGCGCCAGGCGCUCGGCGAGCGCAUCCGCCCCGUGCUGACGGUGAACAAGAUGGACCGCUGCUUCCUGGAGCUGCAGCUGGAGGGCGAGGAGGCGUACACCACCUACCUGCGCGUGAUUGAGAACGCCAACGUGAUCUUGGCCACCUACCAGGACGACGCGAUGGGCGACCUGCAGGUGUACCCCGACAAGGGCACCGUGUCGUUCAGCGCUGGCCUCCACGGCUGGGCCUUCACCCUGACCACCUUCGCCCAGAUGUACGCCGCCAAGUUCGGCACCAGCGAGGCCAAGAUGAUGGAGAAGCUGUGGGGCGACAACUUCUUCGACCCCGCCACCAAGAAGUGGACCAAGAAGCAGACCGACUCCCCCACCUGCGUGCGCGGGUUCGUGCAGUUCUGCUACAACCCCAUCAAGCAGGUUAUUGACCUGGCGAUGAACGACAACAAGGACAAGCUGUUCAAGCUGCUGGAGAAGGUCAACUGCCUCGACAAGCUCAAGAGCGAGGACAAGGAGCUCGUGGGCAAGCCCCUGAUGAAGCGCACCAUGCAGUCGUGGCUGCCCGCGUCUGAGGCGCUGCUGGAGAUGAUCGUGUACCACCUGCCCUCCCCCGCCAUUGCCCAGAAGUACCGCGCCGACGUGCUCUACGAGGGCCCCCUGGACGACCAGUACGCGGACAGCAUCCGCGCCUGCGACCCUGACGGGCCCCUCAUGAUGUACGUGUCCAAGAUGAUCCCCACCGCCGACAAGGGCCGCUUCCUGGCGUUCGGCCGUGUGUUCUCGGGCACCGUGUCCACCGGCAAGAAGGUGCGCAUCAUGGGCCCCAACUACGUUCCCGGCGAGAAGAAGGACCUGACCGUGAAGAGCGUGCAGCGCACUGUGCUGUGCAUGGGCCGCAAGCAGGAGGCCGUGGAGUCGGUGCCGUGCGGCAACACCGUGGCCCUGGUGGGUCUGGACCAGUUCAUCACCAAGACUGCCACCAUCACCAACGAGUCCUGCGAGGACGCUCACCCCAUGAAGGCCAUGAAGUUCAGCGUGUCGCCCGUCGUGAGGGUGGCCGUGGAGCCCAAGGUGGCGUCUGACCUGCCCAAGCUGGUGGAGGGCCUGAAGCGCCUGGCGCGCUCCGACCCCAUGGUGCAGUGCAUCAUCGAGGAGACCGGCGAGCACAUCAUCGCGGGUGCCGGCGAGCUGCACCUGGAGAUCUGCCUGAAGGACCUGCAGGACGACUUCAUGGGCGGCGCCGAGAUCCGCGUGUCCGAGCCCGUGGUGUCGUUCAGGGAGACUGUCAGCGACAGGUCUGACCACACCGUCAUGUCCAAGUCCCCCAACAAGCACAACAGGCUGUACCUGCAGGCGCGCCCCAUGGAGGACGGCCUGGCUGAGGCCAUCGAUGAGGGCAAGAUUGGCCCGAAGGACGACCCCAAGGUGCGCUCCAAGACCAUGUCGGAGGAGUUUGGCUGGGACAAGGACCUGACCAAGAAGAUCUGGUGCUUCGGCCCCGACACCAUGGGCCCCAACAUCCUGGUCGAUGUCACCAAGGGAGUGCAGUACCUCAACGAGAUCAAGGACUCGUGCGUGGCCGCGUUCCAGUGGGCCAGCAAGGAGGGCGUGAUCGCGGAGGAGAACAUGCGCGGCAUCGUGUUCGAGGUCCAUGACGUGGUGAUGCACGCGGACGCCAUCCACCGCGGCGGCGGCCAGAUCAUCCCCACCUGCCGCCGCGCGCUGUACGCCGCCGAGCUGACGGCCAAGCCGCGGCUGUGCGAGCCCGUGUACCUGGUGGAGAUCCAGGCCCCUGAGCAGGCGCUGGGCGGCAUCUACUCGGGUGCGCCUGGCGCGGUGCUGUCGUGGUGUUGUGCAGGCCUUCUGCCUGGCCUUUUUCUGUGUACCCCGUGCUUCCGGUCCCUGUCGGGGCCUUUGGAAGUCCUGCGGACGGUGUACCUUGACAGCCACGACCAAGCAACUGUCUGA